GACCUGGAUUCUGUCCCUAGCGUCCUAUAUGGUUCCCUGAGCCUUGCCAGGAAUAAUCCCUUAUGCAGAGCCAGGAAUAAGUCCUGGAUGUGACCCUUCUCCCCUCCAAAAACCUAAAUGCCACAAAUGUCUCUGAAAUAGGAAUAGUGACAGAAUCUCCUUGGAGGGUUAUUGGGAGAUUCGCUGGGAUGUUUGAUAAAGUACAUGGCACGUGUCACACCGCAAGUGCCCAAUGAGCACUGUCAAUACUGUACUCGUUGAUGAAUGAGAAAGAGAUUGUGUCUUUCCCAGAGUUCUUUCUCGAAGGGGGCCAAGCCGAGGUUCCCAGACUCUUGGGCUGGCCUCAGCAGGGAAGGAGGCUGCCUCAGGGGGUGGGGGCUGGGACCUGGAUGCCGCACCUCACCUGCACGCACACUCAGGAUGUCAUAGAGGCCCUGGGCUGCUCUAGCCACAGCGCCCUGAGCACACCACAGAAACUCCCUCUGUCCAUGGGGCCUUCACAGCUGCUCCGUGCCCCUCGGCCCGGGGGCUUAAGUUCCACCAGGAGGGGUCUGGGCUGGCCCAGACCUCGGUUUCCCAAGAUGUUCAAGUGCAGCCGCAGAAGGUACCGUCAGAAAGCACAAGGCCCCAUGGACACCUCUCCAGCCUCUAAUCUUGCUGCCAGGGCCAGGGAAAUCAACAGCAGCCUCCUCACCAGCAUGUGGCUCUUCCCACCCCAAGGUGAGGGGGCCACGGACAAAUGGGAUCACUGAAGCUUUGCCCACCUUAGCCUGGCCUGGAGCUCUACCUGCUGUGGAGUUCCACCCUAGAGGAAUGGAGGGCGUGUAGACGGCAGGCGCCAAGGGCCCGGUGCCUUACAGCGCAACACAUUGCCCUGAAGGGGGGGACUUGGGGAGGUGGGUGACCCUAAGGGCUCCUAGAACCUUUGCCUUUUUCAUGCUCUUCCCUCCUCUUCCUCUCUUCAGUUCUUAGACGCCUCUAUCAAUACGGGAGUCUUCUGAUAGUCUAGAAAUGCCCAGAAACGAACGAACCAGGAAGUUUGGCUGUUUCUGGACCUCCAUCUCCUAGGAACCUCGGGUCCUGAACAACAGAUAAACGAAGUCACUUCUGCCCUGCUUGCCUCAUCCAUUCUGGUUUCCUUCCUUCCUUCCUUCCUUCCUUCC